UUGUUCAAACUGUUAGACAAAGCCAAUCGGGAACUGAAACGGUACAGUCACGUGAACAAAAAAGCCCUGGAUCAGUUUGUUUCACAUUCGGAAGAGAAAGAAAAAUUGUUAAAACGCAAAGAAGAGUUGGAUCGGGGUUGUCAAGCCAUUAAGGAUUUGAUGAAUGCAUUAGAUCAUCAAAAGUACGAGGCAAUCCAGCUCACAUUCAAACAGGUACACGUAACUACCUCUGGUUAA